GGCAUUUCCCGAGGAGCCAGAGCGCAGCCGGCGCCAGCGCCAGCGCCAGCGCCACCGUCCGGCUCACCCGCCAGCCGGCACAGCCACGCCGCCGCCGAGCGUUCCGUGCGCGGCGCUCCGAGGAGCAGGAAUGGGGCUUCGGGCGCUGGGCGCGCUCCGACCCGCGCGCACGUAGUAGCCGAGGAGUGCCAGGAGCCGCCCCGCUGCCCGGAGCCCCGCCGCCCACGACUGGGAGAUGUCAGAAAUGCAGUCUCCUGUUCUCCGAGGAACGACCGCUCCCGGGAUCCCAGGACAGGGUUCGCGCCCGGGUCAGCAGCGUCCGGAGAAGACGGUGCCCCCUACGCCCGACCCGCGCGGCCGGGGCAGCGCCGCGCGAGCCCUCUAGGCGACCGCAGGGCCAUACCAGCUCCGCCGCCAGUGCCCCCUCGGAAACCAUGACCCCCGGCGCGGGCCCAUGGAGCCAUGGCCUAUAGGGUCCUGGGUCGCGCUGGGCCAACUCAGCCGCGGAGGGCGCGCAGGCUGCUCUUCGCCUUCACGCUGUCGCUGUCCUGCACCUACCUGUGUUACAGCUUCCUGUGCUGCUGCGACGACCUCGGCCGGAGCCGCCUCCUAGGCGCGCCUCGCUGCCUCCGUGGCCCCAGCGCGGGCGGCCAGAAACUUCUCCAGAAGUCCCGCCCCUGCGACCCCCCCGGGCCGACGCCCAGCGAGCCCAGCGCUCCCAGCGCGCCCGCCGCCGCCGCGCCAGCCCAGCGCCUCUCGGGCUCCAACCACUCCGGCUCGCCCAAGCUGGGCACCAAGCGGCUGCCCCAAGCCCUCAUCGUGGGCGUGAAGAAGGGUGGUACCCGGGCUGUGCUGGAGUUCAUCCGCGUGCACCCGGACGUGCGGGCCUUGGGCACGGAGCCCCACUUCUUCGACAGAAACUACGGCCGCGGGCUGGACUGGUACAGGAGCCUGAUGCCCAGGACCCUGGAGAGCCAGAUCACGCUGGAAAAGACACCCAGCUACUUCGUGACUCAAGAGGCCCCGCGAAGGAUCUUCAACAUGUCCCGAGACACCAAGCUGAUUGUGGUUGUGCGCAACCCAGUGACGCGCGCCAUCUCCGAUUACACCCAGACACUUUCCAAGAAGCCCGACAUCCCCACCUUCGAGGGCUUGUCCUUCCGCAACCGCAGCCUGGGCCUGGUGGACGUGUCGUGGAACGCCAUCCGCAUCGGCAUGUACGCACUGCAUCUGGAGAGCUGGCUGCGCUACUUCCCGCUGGCCCAGAUCCACUUCGUCAGCGGCGAGCGGCUCAUCACCGACCCCGCCGGCGAGAUGGGGCGCGUCCAGGACUUCCUGGGCAUCAAGAGAUUCAUCACAGACAAGCACUUCUACUUCAACAAGACCAAAGGCUUCCCUUGCUUGAAAAAAACACAAUCGAGCCUCCUGCCUCGAUGCCUGGGCAAAUCCAAAGGUAGAACUCACGUGCAGAUCGAUCCCGAGGUGAUAGACCAGCUCCGGGAAUUUUAUAGACCUUAUAAUAUUAAAUUUUAUGAAACUGUCGGGCAGGACUUCAGGUGGGAAUAAGCCACCCAGAGGCAAGGGCUCUUCUGCUCAUCUGGUCCUUGAGGUUUGCUCGCAGAGCCUUCCCCCCAUUAGCUGAGAUUCCAGCCCUCUCUCCCAUCUUGAAUUCUCAUCAUCUUGAAACCCAGGAGCCCAACUAACACCCAGAGACCAGGGGGUCCCUGCCUCCAGCUCUCACCAGUCUGUCCAGGCAAAGUUGAUCUGCUUCUGGCUCAUCUACUCAAUUCCAGAAUCGUUAUCCCUUCUGCCUAUAAAGUUCCUUGGGGAACUGCGCUGAAAAGAGUGGAUCUUCCAGUGAUAUGAGAUUUGUAAGUGGUGAUGGUUCUGUUGUUAUGAACACAGCAGUGGGCCUCUGUCACUGUCCACUCGGGAGUGACCUUUUUAAUCCCCAGUGGCAUGUACCUUCCCUCUGAGCUUCCCCCCACCCCACCCCAAGACGCCUGGGGGGUAGCAGGAGAGAUCAUCCUCAGUCCUCCUCAGAAUUUAUCAACUCAUCAUGAGAUUGCAUCGCUGGCAGCAGCCCCUGGCCACUCCUGGGAGACAGACCUUUUGAUGACAAAAUAAAGCUGCAGAGCCUGUGGUUUCAACUGUACUUGAAGGAUACUAUCCCUGAAACCACAUUGUGACUCUGCUCCCUGUGGACAAAAGCACAUAAUUCUGCUGUUACGGGUACUUAGCUCACAUGAGCUUUCGUGUUCAGCAUGCGACGGAAUCAUGCUUGUCCAUGUGAAAUAAAUAUUGCUCUCUUGUGUCCUUAA